UGGCAGGCUUUGGAUUACGAUUGUGAGAUGCAGGGUCAGCAGGACAUACCGCAGGCGAUUCAGCUGCUGGGCGAGAUGAACAGCAAUGUGAAACAGGUGACGGAUCUGGUCGAGGGAAUGCUGCAGCGCGUCAAGCGCGGCGAGCUGAGCACAGAGUACGGCCUGAGCUUCCUGGAGGUCAAGUACCAUAUGCUGCUCGACUACUUGAUCAAUCUGACAUAUGUGGUGCUGCGCAAAUGCUCCGGCGAGACCAUCGAGGGUGAUCCCUCGAUUGAGCGCCUGAUCGAGAUACGCACCGUGCUGGAGAAGAUACGGCCCAUAGAUCACAAGCUGCGCUAUCAGAUCGACAAGCUGGUCAAGACGGCGACAACUGGAGUUUCGAGCAGCACAGAUCCCAUACUCUACAAGCCGAAUCCCGAGGAGAUGCUCAGCGCUGCUGGUGCCGACGCUGAGCAGGAGGCCGAUGCGGCAGCCAGCGACAGCGAUGAGGCUGACGACGAGGAGGGCGACGAGGCCGACGGGGCUGGCGCUGCGAAAAAGCCGCGCAAGGCGGCCACAGCCGGCAAAUCGGGCGUCUAUGUGCCGCCGCGCAUUAAGCCCGUCUACUACGACGGGGAUGAGCGGGACGCGGACAAGGAGCAGAAGGCACUGGAGCGUGCCAAAAAGCGUGCCAUCACCUCGUCGAUGCUGCAGGAUCUGAAGGAGGAGUACUUGGAUGCGCCCACUGAGCUCUCCUCUGGCUCGCGCGCCCAGCAGCUGCUCUCGCAAGCGCAGAAGGAGAAGCAGGAGUACGAGGAGACCUACCUGGUGCGUCUGCCGGUCACCAAGGCGGAGAAGCAUCGUCAGCGAAAGCUCACCACAUUGGGCACUCUGGGCGAUGAAAUUCUGGGCGAGAUCAAUCGGGAGUCGGCGCUGCGUGGCGAUGGGCUAAGCAAAAAACGCAAAUUGGCCAAAAGCCGCGGCAAGGGCAAGAAACGUGUUGGCAAAAAGCGCAAAUUCCAUUAAUGCGCCGAGGCCCCAGUUUCGAAGGACUUUUUUCCAAUCGAUUCAAAUAAUUUGAGUUUUCCCAUUCAUUUAUGAUAUUCGCAACGGAAUGCAAUUUGAAAGCUUAGUUAACAAUAGUUUAUGUACUUUUCGAUUGUUUCUUCAAUUCAUAUUGAUUAAUUUUAUCAAAAAAAAACAACAAAAUAUUUUGUUGCAUGUUCUGUUCAUAUUUUACCAAAAUGUUAAGUUUUUAACUAUCCAAAACUUUAA